CAUCAACAUGAUGAGUAUGUGACUGUGUUUUCCUUAAAACCUGUCUUCCCAAAGUAAAGCGCCGCAUAUAGGUUUGUCGUUGGGGAUUCCUCCUCUUUCGUAAACCAGAAAGCUAUCUUCAACUUGAGGGUUUUCUUCUCUCAUUCACUUCCUCUGAUUGUGAUUGUGAUUGUGAUUGUGACUGGGUUUGUGAAAGAUGCCUCGCACAACCACUGUGGAGUGCUCCGGUUGUCCUCCUCUUCGUGCUCUAACGUUUGAUGCGCUUGGUCUCAUCAAAGUUGUGGAAGCCCGUGAUAAGCGAGGAGUUCCAAGUGUGGUAGAGAGGUGGGGUGAGCCUGACUCUUCCAAAUGUGUGACGGCUGUUUCAAUGAUAGAUCGCAAGUCUCACCCGUUAUUAGCUGUAGCAAGGAAAAAUGGCCAGAUUGAGGUUUUGAGCUCUAUAAGCGGUGAAUCUCAGGCUACAGUUUCAAAUGCCAAUGAUUUAGAUCUUCGGUCUGAAGAGAAUAGUAUUGUUGGUUUGCAUUUAUUUGCAAAACAAAAUUUGGAGUUAGCUUCAAGGUCUGGUACUUUACUUACAUGCACAACCAAAGGAAAUGCAAGCAUGAGGUCGAUUGAAGUUACUAAUUCAUCUGCAGGAUCUGCCUGUAUUGAUUCUUCAAAAACAUGGAAUGUAUGUGCUGGUGGUAACAUUUUGUGUUGCAAGGUGGAUGGAAAUGAGAAGUUUGCUUUAUUUGGAGGGAAAGGUGUUGAAGUUAAUAUUUGGGAUCUUGACAACUAUACUAAGAUCUGGAAUUCCAAACCUCCUCCUAAGAACAGCCUUGGAAUAUUUACACCUACCUGGUUCACAGCUGCUACAUUUCUAAGGAAAGAUGACCAUCGAAAAUUUGUUGCUGGCACCAACAACCAUCAGGUUCGCCUUUAUGACAUAUCUGCUCAGAGGAGGCCUGUUCUUUCAUUUGAUUUCCGUGAGACACCAAUUAAAGCACUGGCUGAGGAUAUAGAUGGCUAUUCAAUCUAUAUUGGGAACACUUCUGGGGACAUGGCUUCUGUUGAUAUACGCACAGGAAAAAUGCUAGGAUGUUUUUCUGGAAAAUGCUCUGGAAGCAUCAGAUCUAUAGUCAGGCACCCUGAGCUACCUGUGAUAGCUUCAUGUGGACUGGACAGCUAUUUACGACUUUGGGAUACAAAGACAAGGCAGCUUCUUUCUGCUGUUUUCAUUAAGCAGCAUAUUACACAUGUUCUUUUUGACUCCAGCUUCGCAGUUGAAGGAGCAGAUUUGCUACCAUGCAAGGAACAAACUCUGACUGAGAUCACAGUUGAGGAAGAAGUUGAAGCAUCACUACCUUUGAAAAGAAAAAAGUCUUCUAAAAACAGAGAAAAUUUAAUGGACAGUAGUGAAAGAAAGAAAAGAUCUAAGCAGACUAAAGAACGCAAAAAGUCUGAAGGAAAUGAUGGACCUGAGAAGACUGCAUCAUCAAGAGAUGAGGGAAGUAAGUCAGCAUCCAAGAAAAAAAAGAAACGCUCAAAAUGUGAACUUCCAGAUGAAGGGUUGUGAAUUUAGAUGGAUUAAAUAAUAUAUGAUAUUAUAUACUACAAGGUAUCUGAACAAAUAUUGGGGAUGCAUGGUGAUGAAGGCAAAGAAGUCUGAAUUCUGGCAGGAAUUUGUGUUUGGUAAUUAGAUCAGCUUGGAGGUGACUUUGUGGGGAAGUGACUUCAAUUUAUAUGGCAGUGCUGAUGUAUAUUUGUUCAAUUUUGUGAAUUCUUUAUGCAUGAGAUUAGUUUGUUUUAAGUUAUCUAAUAUAGGAAGAGAUUAAGGUUUAGGUCUGUGUUAUGGUUCCUGGCAAAAUAUUCAGUAUUUUGCUUUGGAGUUGUUGGCUUGUGGCCAAUCCUUGUUAUUUAGGUGAGAAAAUGCUUUUCAAUUCACUUUUUUUUUUUUUCUUCCUCAAUUUA